AUGGCAGAUGAAGACAAGCUUCGGCCGUUAAUGUUCCUAAUGACCUAUUUGCUGAUGAAGCGCCGAAGAGACAUACACAACGCGGAUACACAGAGACGCAAUGAGGUGCAGAGACGUAUCCGCCACAGACAGUACUUCUUCCAAAGGCAGAGGCGAAUGCUCAUGGUACUGUAAUCUGAUAAAGCUAAACCAAGCAGUUUCUAUUACAAAGUCCAUUAGACUGCAUUCCACGCUAACCUGGAAAGCUCACGAAUAGCUAAAAGGGGGAAAGCACACAAACAAAGCAACAAGCUCUUACAGUGUCACGUCAGACGUUCAACCAUGUUUCUCAAACGUCAACUUUCGAAGUGUUUAAGGUUACGUUUAGGCAUUAACUCCGAAUUUGUAAGGGUUAAGUUUAGACAUUAACUCUGAAUGGUUAAGGUUUUGGAUAGGCUUAAAACAAAAAUAUCAAAAGCAACUUUCUAUCGCUGGAUUAAAACAUCCAACCUUUAGCACUAGGGGCAGAUACUUACCCGUCCACAACGACCUAGCAAAACCUACUUAAAGGUAACAGCGCUCACUGUUGCCCAUAUCGGCCAAUUUCCACGCCAUCUCCCGACGUCCUCAGACAUGGAUGGACUUCUAAUUAAGCAAUAAGGCCGGAGGGAGUGUGGUAUAUGGACAAUAUACCAUGGCUAAGGGCUGUUCUUAUUCAUGACGCAAUGCGGAGUGCCUGGAUACAGCCCUUAGCCCUGGUAUAUUGGCAAUAUACCACAAACCCCCAAGGCGCCUUAUUGCUAUUACAAACUGGUUACCAACAUAAUAGAGCAGUAAAAAUAAAUGUUUUAUCAUACCCGUGGUAUAGGGUUGAUAUACCACGGCUUUCGGCCAAUCAGCAUGCAGGGCGCGAACCACCCAGUUUAUAAUACUGAUUUGUAUCAAGGGUGACCUGGCUGAAAGCCGUGGUAUAUCAACCCUCUCCCUUGCUCUCUCUCCAGAUGCUGACAGCUCGAGACGUGCGCUGCAGCUGUGACAUCCGUACCCGACCCUGGACCAGCACGGAGUGCACCGAUUGGUGGGAGCGGGUAGUGAUGACAGAGUUCCAGCCCUCUGAUUGGCUGGAGAAGUUCCGCAUGAGCCGGGAGACCUUCUUCUUCCUGUGUGGCAAGCUGAAACCCCGCCUGGCUCGCCAGGACACCCACUUCCGCCGGGCGCUUCCGCUGGAGAAGCGUGUGGCGGUCGCCCUGUGGCGGCUGGCGUCCAACAUUGAGUACCGCACCAUCAGUGGGCUGUUUGGCGUGGGCAGCUCCACGGUGUGUAAGUGUGUGAGGGACGUGUGUCACGCCAUCGUCACGCUACUCCGACCCGUCUACCUACGCUCGCCCAGCGAACAGGAAGUGGAAGACUCUGCGCGUCACUUCCUGUCUCGCUGGGGCUUCCCUCACUGCGUGGGCGCCGUGGCAACCCUCCACACCGCCAUCCUCACGCCAUCCGCUAACGUGACCAACUAUGCCAACCCAGAUGGGUGGCUCUCUGUGGUCUCCCAGGUAGGACAGGACCUCUGCUGAUGCUGCUAAAGAAUUAUAAGCAUCUUGCUAAUUACUGAAAAAUUCCAAUUAAUAGCCCGGGUGUUUAUUUGCUUCAAUCGCUGAACACAACCGGCAACAGGCUUCUAUUUGAGUCAGGCAUCUAUUUUUGCUCAAUAAAAUGUUGAAAAGGCUACCACACCAUUUAUUGUGACCAGUAUGACCAGUAUAAACAUUAGAAUAAAAAAUCCUUCGCAGAUCAGACUUGCAAAGACUAGGCUGCCUAUCAUACACCCCCCGAUUUUGCGGUUCAGCACCAUGGAGAGCGUGUGCCGAUAAACAAUUCAUUUGGACACAUAUUUGCUGAAAUGUGUGCCGAUGCCCGGCUAUUGAAAGGGACAGGUGGCUAUUUGGGACUGUCUGGUAGUAACACUCAUCUGUCUGUCUGUCUGUUAGGUGACUGUGAAUGGCCUGGGUCAGUUCUGGGACGUCUGCGCUGGUUUCCCCGGCAGCACUGAGCCGACGGCCAUCUUGCAGAACUCAGCACUUUGGGCGUUGGCCUCCGAGGGCGGGCUGUCACCUGACCCACCCCCGAGCUUCAUGGGAAAGCCCCUGAGGUAUCAUUGAUGCUAUUAUUAUUAUUAUUUACCUUUUUAGAUAGUGCUAUCAUUAUUACUUGCAGUAGUAUAAGCAGUAGCAGUAAUAGUAGUCCAGUGCUACAAUUAUUCUGGUUAUCCCUCCGGUGACCUGUGUCGUACCAGCUGAGUUGACUGAGAGCACAUUGUCUUGUCCAGAUAUGUGUUGUUGGGGGAGCCAGGGUACCCCCUCCAGCCCUGGCUGAUGAAGGCCUAUUCCAAGAAGGAGGAGGAGGAUGAUGUGGAGGAGGAGGAAGGAGGGCUCACGGAGUCCCAGAGGGUCUUCAACCAGGCAGGUUUUAUUUUCAACAACGCAAAACAGAAUCACUCCAGGAUUAAACUCAAAGAAGUAACGUGUUUAAAAUUAAAAAUUCUGUGAACAUUUCACACGUUUUACACAGUUGUGAGCUAAACUUACACAUUAGACUGGAGUAGACCGAGUUUUGCUGCAGUAAAGCAGUUUUAAAAAGGAGUUUAUCAACAUUUAACCUGGUUACUUUGUGUCCUGCUGUAGCGAUUUGUGCGGGCGUGGUGCGUGGCGGAGGUGGCGCUGCUUCGCCUGCGGGCGCGGUGGCAAUGCCUGAGCAAGAGGAACGACUGCAGCCUGGACGUGGUGCCCACCAUGAUCCUGGCCUGUUGCAUCCUGCACAACGUGUGUGAGGCCCAUGGAGACGUGCUCCAGGGGGAAUGGCAGGGCGAGGUGACCCAGGGAGAGAACCCCCAGCCUGGUCACACUGCGGCCCGCGCCCCCUCCCCCUCUGGAACUUCAGACCACCUCCAGGGUGAGGAGGUCAGACAAUUGUACUGUGACUACUUCCAGCAGCCGCAACUACAACAACAGGACUAA